AUGGCUCCUGUGCGAGGUGCCAGGAAGAGGAAGCGGCCGGAGAAGCCCGCCCCGGCGCCGGCUCCAGGGUUGCCGCUGCCGCCGCUGCCGGAUGGUAGCGAUUGGUGGAGCGUCUUCUAUCGAAGGGUUGCAGGUCGCCUCUCCUCUCCCUACCCUCCUUCCUUGCCUGCAUCGCUGUGCUCUGUAGAGUUUAACCAUGUGCGCUUCCUUGCUCCUUUCGUCGCUAUGAGCUUAAAGGAACAAUGGCCAUGCAGUUCGAUAGUUUUCAUGAUCCUUUUGCUCUAUUCAUUGUGGGAUCUCCUCACAGUGUUUAGUGUGACUACUCAAGUUCAGAGAAAUUUUUUGGAUGCCAUAGUUCUAUACAUGUCAGGUAUCCUGACUGCUAAACUGAUACUAACCAGACAUUCCCCUUUUCCAAGAGAACACCAGAAUAUGGAGUCUGUCCUCAAGAUGUCAAGAAAGACGUUCGACUACGUCUGCUCACUUGUUAAGAAGGACCUGACAACAAAGACAUACGGUUUCAGAAACUUCAGGUUUGGUGACAAGACAAUCCUAGGGGUGGAGGAUCAGGUGGCGGUGGCUCUGAUGAGGCUGACAACUGGUGAGUCACUGCAGAACAUAGGAAUGUGGUUUGGCAUGAAUCACUCAGCCAUCUCGAACAUCACAUGGCGGUUCAUUGAGUCCGUGGAGGAGCGUGCCAUCUGUCACCUGAAAUGGCCGAGCCCUGAGGAGAUGGCAACAAUCAAGGCAAGAUUUGGCAAGAUUUACGGGCUCCCUAACUGCUGCGGUGCCAUUGACACCACACACAUCCUCAUGUGUUCCUCAGCUCAGCCCAACAGCAAGGUCUGGCUGGACAAUGAGAACAAAAACAGUAUGGUGCUGCAGGCUGUUGUGGAUGCAGACAUGCGGUUCAGAGACAUCGUCAGUGGCUGGCCUGGGAGCAUGGACGACUCAUGCAUCCUUCGCACUUCAGGCCUGUACAGGUUGUGUGAGAAAGGCCUUAGGCUUGAGGGGCAGAUGGAGCUUCCUGGAGGUUCCGCGGUUAGGGAGUACAUAGUCGGAGAUGCAAGCUACCCUCUACUUCCCUGGCUUAUGACCCCGUACCGGGGACAUGGUCUCCCGGCGGCCAAGGCAGAAUUCAACAAGCGGCACACAGCGGCAACGGCGGUGGUGCAGACAGCAUUGGCGACACUCAAGGGGAGGUGGCGUGUCAUCCAGGGAGAGCUGUGGAGGCCUGACAAACACCGGCUGCCAAGGAUCAUCUUCGUCUGCUGCUUGAUAACCAACAUCAUCAUCGACAUGGAAGGGACUCCAAGCAAAGACAAGCUGUUUUCAGGCAACCAUGACCAUGGCUACAAGCAGCAGUUCAGUAACGUCGCAGAUGACAAUGCAGUCAUGCAGAGAGACGACCUGUCUCAGCAUGUCACCGCCGGCGAGUAA